UUCUUGAUAUUAAGUCGAUAAGUGUAGUAAUUUCCACGAUUUUCAAGCAAAUUUAAAGAAAACAGACCAACAGUGACGCUCCAAAAUGAGUGGUGAUGAUAAUCAGACUGAGCAAUUUGAUUCUCUUUUUCUGUCAAUAGCGCAACACCAUCCUCAAGGCGCUUCUCAGUUAUUGGACACUUUCGUGAGUUUUCUAAGCCGCAAGACAGAUUUUUUCACCGGGGGUGAAGAAGGAGCAUGGGAAAAGUUAGUAAUGAGCACAUUUAGAAAAUACGAAAAGGUUUGUCGUAAGAAACAAGAGUCUGAAUUAAAAGAGCGCCGAGAACGCGAAGCCGCUAAAAAGAAAAAACAAGAAGAGGAGAAAGUAAAACCGGCUGAAAUUACCGAAUUGACUGAUGCUGAGGCUGAAAAGUUGCAAGCUGAAUUAGACGCUAAGAAAAAUGCGGUCAGUAAUGGGGCCUCAGCGCCCGUGCCUGAGAAAAUUGAGGAUGACGAGGAUGCCUCAGAGAUAGGAAAAUUAAAACCAAAUAGCGGUAAUGGAUGUGAUUUAGAAAAGUACAGAUGGACUCAAACUCUCCAAGACGUUGAGGUGAGAAUACCGCUCAAUAUCAAUUUCCGAGCAAAACAGAAAGAUCUGGUCGUGAAUCUUACAAAGAAACAUCUGACAUGCGGAAUUAAAGGACAACCACCGAUUGUAGAUGACGAUUUCCCACACGAAAUCAAAUUGGAAGAAUCUACGUGGGUGAUUGAAGAUGGAAACACGCUUUUGUUUAAUUUGGAAAAGAUAAAUAAAAUGAAUUGGUGGUCAAAAUUGGUUGUCUCCGAUCCGGAAAUCAGUACAAGAAAGAUUAAUCCGGAACCGUCUAAGUUGAGCGAUUUGGAUGGGGAGACAAGAGGGUUAGUCGAGAAGAUGAUGUAUGAUCAAAGACAGAAGGAACUGGGGCUGCCGACUAGUGACGAGCAGAAGAAACAAGACGUUAUUAAAAAGUUUAUGGAGCAGCACCCCGAAAUGGAUUUCUCCAAGUGUAAAUUUAAUUAGAUAGUACUCACCAUCUGUUUGUAUUUUGUAUUCAUUCUUUUUGCGUAUAAUAAAAUUUAACACCACG